GCAUUGUUUACAUUGUUUAGCCAACAUGCUAACAGGCACCUGGUAGAUGCUUUACCGUGCUGGUGUCGCCGUGUCUCGUAUUUUUAUUCGGUCUUUAGUAACAUUUCGGCUCCCUGGGUUGAACCGUUCACCGUUACCAGACCUCAUCCCGGUGCUCGGCCGCCGGUGGGCCGCUCUCUGCCGGGUCAGGCCGCCUCCUCUGCCCGGUGUCACCCGGCGAACAAGAAGCUUCUCCACAAACAGACAGAUGCCCAAAAAGGAGAAGGUGAAGGGGAAGCCGGCUGGUGGAGGUGGAGCAGCCGAGACAGAAGCUUCCGGUCCGGUGACUCGAGAUAAAAGUGGUGCUGUGACCAUCACAGUUCACGCCAAGCCGGGCUCCAAACACAGCGGCAUCACAGGAGUUUCUGCAGAGUCGGUGGGUGUCGCCAUCGCUGCGCCGCCUACAGACGGAGAGGCCAACGCUGAGCUUAUUCGCUACCUGGCUGAAGUUCUGGACCUGAAGAAGAGUCACAUAUCUCUGGACAAGGGCUCCAGGUCCAGAGAUAAACUGAUCAAGGUGGACUCGGCUCUGAGUCCAGAGGAGGUGCUGAAGAGGCUCCAACAGGCUGCAGGCUGAAGGAUGGAUGGAGGAUUUCUGGACAGCUUUACAUCCAUCAUUUACAGAACAGUCUCAGGAACUUGUUGCUCUCCUGUUUCAUCACUGAACAUGAGGAAAUGACUGAAUGUCAGCAUGGAAAUGAACUCAUCUACCAGCCAUCUCCCAGUGAGCAGGAGGCGUUUCCAGCUGUUUCCAGCUGCAGACUGGCUGCUUCUAUCCUUCACAUGAUGAAAUGAACUGUUGACUGACCAUGAAUAAAAAGGCUGUGUUUUCUA